CGCGACGUCUUCCCCCCCGUAUUUCUCAUACAGCGGGAUUCCCCCGAUGCGCGGUGUUGAGCAUUCUAUCCAGCUCGUGCCUGACUAUCGUGUUCACCAUCAAGCACCGUACCGACUCUCAAUACCAGAGGCGACGGAACUCAAGUGUCAGCUUGAGGAGCUCCUUCGACUCGAUUUUAUUAAACCCAGUAACUCCCCUUGGGGUGCACCUGUCCUCUUUGCUCGCAAAGCGGACGGAACUCUCCGCCUUUGCAUCGACUAUCGUGGCCUUAACCGUUACACGGUUAAGAACAGCUAUCCCAUGCCCCGCGCGGAUGAGCUGUUUGACCGUCUGGCAGGCAACCGCUUCUUCACGAAGAUCGAUCUUCGUAGCGGUUACCACCAGAUCCGCGUUACCACAGAGGAUCAACCGAAAACCGCCUUCCGAUCACGCUUCGGCCACUACGAGUUCACGAUGAUGCCAUUCGGCAUUACCAAUGCACCCGCCACCUUCCAGACGGCGAUGAACGACAUCGUCAGGGACAUCCUUGAAGAAUACGUUCUCGUAUACCUGGACGACAUCCUGGUCUACAGUCGUACCUUAGAAGACCAUCUCAGACACCUCCGCGAUGUCCUACAACGCUUACGCAAGCAUGACUUAUAUGCCAAGCUCAGUAAGUGCCGCUUUGCCCAGCGCAAAGUGGACUUCCUAGGACACCAUGUGUCUGACCAGGGUCUCCACAAGGACGACGCGAAGAUCACUGCUAUUGCAGAGUGGCCCGUCUCCACAUCUGCCAAGCAGCUUCGCAGUUUCCUAGGCUUCACCAGCUACUAUAGUAAUUUUAUCCAGGGAUACGCUAGGUAUUCCUACGUCCUUACCUCUACCCUCCUCCGAAAGAACCCGCCGUGGUUUUGGACACCCCUGUGCGAGGACGCCUUUCGCGCCCUCAAGAAAGCGGUAACCUGUGCGCCGGUUCUUCGCCUUCCCGAUUUUGAUCGUCCCUUUAUCGUCACCACCAAUGCGUCAGAUUUUGCAGUAGGAGCUGUCCUUUCUCAGGUGUUUCCCUCUCCUCCAGAUUCACCUUACCCGCAUGUUCCUCAUUCCCCCCCCCCUCCUGCUGACACUGCUUCUCGAUUGACGCCUACCCUCCCACCACUUCCCUCUACUGACAGUCCUCUUGUUACUUACUCCCCGACCAUCGAGGAGGAUGGGACUGUCGAGGCUCGUGCUGGGGAUUGCCCGAUCGCUUUCUACUCCCGUCAGCUACUGCCCGCUGAGAUAAACUACACUGCCGAUGAACGUGAGGAGUGUCCUACCUGCCAGGAGGUGAACAGUGCGAACCACCUUCCGUAUGGGUUACUUCAACCCCUACCCAUACCUGAAGGUCGUUGGCAGUCCAUCUCGAUGGAUUUCAUUGGUCCCCUCCGCCCACCCACUGAGCGCGGUCAUGAUGCUAUCUUGGUCGUCGUCGAUCGCUUCACGAAGCGUGCACGUUUUGUCCCGUGCCGCUAUCGCAUUAGCGCUCGUGAGGUCGCCGACAUCGUCUUCGACCGAGUCGUGAGAGAUCACGACUUACCUCAGAGCAUCAUCUCCGACUGUGAUCCGCGCUUUACCAGCACAUUCUGGCGACGCCUACACGAGGUGUACGGAUCCCAGCUCCGCUUCUCAUCGUCUUACCACCCUCAGACAGAUGGUCAGACUGAGGUCACCAACAAAACUCUCGGUAAUAUCCUCCGAAAGUUUGUUAGGGAUGACCAGCAGUGGGACUUACACUUAGCCCACGCGGAGAUUGCGUACAACCACGUUGUUUCGCCAGCCACAGGGAUGUCGCCAUUCUAUUGCGACCUCGACUACCACCCUCGCAUACCCGCGGAUUUCCUACGACCAUGGCGGUUGCGCCCAGACACUCGUUGCCCUGCGCUUGACGACCACAUGGCGGCGAUUAUGAAGCGCGCACACGAGAGUUUAGCCGACUCCCAGACUCGCAUGGCCGCAUGAGCAAACCGAUCACGAAUGGAUCAUCCAUUCAAAGUCGGUAACGAUGUGCUCGUCGACGCACGCCACGUACAACUUGAAGC